GGUAAUCCUUUUGACAGAAAUCAAAUAGGAAAAUGAUUAGUAGUCCUUCGACAUUUGUAUGCAUAUAACGUCUUUGUCCCCAUUAUUGUGUACUGAUAGAGAAGCCGACAGAAGAGUAACACAAGAAUUUCUCCGAGCAUGGAACUGAAAACCAACUCAAUUGAUCAACCGCACGCAAAUGACUGGGCUCCAAUAGCGUGGACCCUUUUCUCCAAACUCAGGGACCAAUCACCCUUAAUUCAGUGCAUAACCAACUUCGUUUCCAUGGAUUUAAUGGCCAACACUCUCUUAGCAGCUGGCGCAUCACCUGCCAUGAUCCAUUCCAUUGAAGAGGUCCCUGACUUCACUCCUCAUACCCAAGCUCUCUGCAUCAACAUUGGCACUCUCACUCCUACCUGGCUACCUGCUAUGAAAGCUGCUGCGAAAUUAGCCACCAAGUUAGGGAAACCAUGGGUUCUUGACCCAGUUGCUGCUGGAGCUUCCAGUUUCCGGUUAAGAUCUUGUUUGGAACUUGUAGGUAUGAAUCCUACUGUUAUUAGAGGAAAUGGGUCUGAGAUUAUUGCCAUAUCAAAGGCUUCUCUUGGUGCUACUAAGGGUGUAGAUAGCUCCCAUGAAUCAAUGGAUGCGAUUGAAGCAGCAAAGUCUUUGGCUUUAGCCAGUGGCGCUAUAGUUGCCGUUUCAGGUGCUGUUGAUGUUGUUACUGAUGGAAGCAGAGCUGUUGGUGCUCAUAAUGGGGUGCCUAUGAUGCAGAAAAUCACAGCAACUGGUUGUGCAGUUACUGCACUCAUUGCGGCUUUUAUUGCUGUCGAUCCAUUACAUGCUUUUGAAGCAACAGCUUCAGCAUUGUCUAUUUUUGGGAUUGCUGGUGAAUUGGGAAUGGACAUGGCUAAAGGUCCAGCUUCAUUGCGGGUGCACUUGAUUGAUUCUCUUUAUGGACUUGAUCAAGCUGCUGUUGCUUCACACUCAAAGAUUUCUAGCCUGUAAUUAUUUGGUAAGGGCUCUAUAUAAAAGGUUUUUAUUUAUUUGAGCAGUGUAUAGUGGCCAAACUCUGAGCAAGAAUAUGACCGAUCAAUCCAAUAAGUCAUAACCAAAAGAAAUCUAAUUGAUUGUAAAUUGUGCUCAUGUACUGAGCGGGGAUAGUAUCUGAUCUAUCCAUCAUGAUACAUCAUUUCUCAGUAAUAACAACGUGCUCUCUGCUUUACUCUUUUUGUGAAA